AAAUUCCUCACAAUUACUCUCCCACGUGAAAAGUACAUUUUCUACACUCAAGAUGACCACGCUAGCUCCAUCUUCUUAUAUACUGCUUGCUAGUCUUCCAUCCUUUUCAGGUGAAGCUUAUGAAGACACCUCCAUGCUUGAUCUCCUCCUGUGUCCAUACCAGUAAAAGAAACUAAACCCUGCAAAACACUGAAAGAGAAGUCUGAUGGCAACUUCUUGUAGCUCCACCAUAAGUUUUCUACUACUAUCAGCUCUUGUUUCCACCUUGUUUUUCCUAUGCUUCUCUCCCUGGAACCAAACUAUCAGAAUCUCUACUCCUUCGUCUUCUCUGCACUCACCUAAUCAUAGUAUCGAAGAAUCAAAAUCCAACCAUACUUUUGAGAGGUUUCAAUCUUUUCCUUCACCGACAACCACUAUUGGAGAUGAAGAAAUCAGUGCUCGGAAGGACAAAGAAAAGAUCUCUGAAAGGCUUCCAACAUCACCUUCACCGUCACCUCAACCGUCACCACUUCCAUUGCCAGUACGCAACAGUUCUGCCGUUUCUAGCCGCCCCAGCAUUCCAGUAAUUACAAGACAUGAAAAGAAAAGGACAGAUUUUGAGAGAAUUGAAGAAGGUUUAGCUAGAUCAAGAGCAGCUAUUUACAGAGCAAUUCGGUCACAGAACUCUUCAUCUUACAAGGAGGGAAGUUACAUUCCUAGAGGAUCCAUGUACAGAAAUCAAUAUGCUUUUCACCAGAGUUACACAGAGAUGGAGAAGAGAUUCAAGGUAUGGGUCUACAAGGAAGGGGAGCUGCCCGUCGUCCACGGUGCACCGGUGAAUGACAUCUACAGCAUUGAAGGGCAGUUUCUUGAUGAAAUUGAGAGUGGCAAAAGCCCCUUCAUUGCUCGCCAUCCUGAUGAGGCACAUGCAUUUUUUCUCCCCAUAAGCGUGGCCUAUAUCAUCCACUAUGUCUACAGGCCUCGCAUCACCUUCGCUCGUGAUCAACUCCAGCGUUUGGUCACUGAUUAUGUUCGUGUUGUAGCUGAUAAGUACACUUACUGGAAUAGAACUCAAGGAGCUGAUCAUUUCUCUGUUUCUUGCCACGAUUGGGCCCCAGAUGUGUCAAGAGCCAAUCCUGAACUCUUCAGGUACUUCGUUAGGGUCCUUUGCAAUGCUAAUAUGUCAGAGGGGUUCCAACCCCAAAGAGAUGUUUCGAUACCAGAAAUCUUUCUUCCUGUUGGCAAGCUCGGGCCGCCUCGGGAAUACACUAAACCCCCAAGUAAGCGUUCAAUCCUUGCGUUCUUUGCCGGCGGAGCUCAUGGUCACAUAAGGAAGGUCUUACUAACACACUGGAAAGAAAAGGAUGAUGAGGUUCAAGUCCAUGAGUACCUUACUCAGAGGAACAAAAAGAACAUUGAUCUUUACUUUGAAUUGAUGGGUCAAAGCAAGUUUUGUUUGUGCCCAAGUGGCCAUGAAGUAGCAAGUCCUAGAGUGGUGACAGCAAUUCAAUUAGGAUGUGUUCCCGUGACUAUUUCUGAUAACUAUUCAUUACCAUUUAGUGAUGUCCUUGACUGGAGCAAAUUCUCCGUAGACAUUCCACCGGAAAAGAUACCUGAAAUUAAGACGAUUUUGAAAGGAAUUUCAUAUCGACGGUAUCUUACAAUGCAAAAAAGAGUGAUGCGAAUUCAAAGACAUUUCAUUCUGAAUCGACCUGCUCAGCCAUAUGAUAUGUUUCAUAUGAUACUCCAUUCAGUAUGGUUAAGGAGGCUUAAUGUCAAGAAGGAUUCAUCAAUUUGAUCAGAAGAUUCAAAACCCUCUUGUACAUCUUGUCUCACACCCUUUUCUAAUUUGGUAAAAAAAUUAACUUUUUGUUUGAGGUCAUUCUCCUUCACACAGGGCAUGAAUUUCUUUUGUCAUAGUGAGAGUAGGCAUGUAUUUUGAUUGUUGUGUGAGUUAAUAAAUUAGAGCGAAAAAUGUUACAUGAGCAUCUUUCAAUUGUUCUUUCC